CAUCGCUCUUACAAAAUAGAAUGUGAAUUAAAAUAAAUAAAAAAUAUAUUAAUUUUACCUAAAAAAUAAACAUGUCGCGAUACCUAGAAGUUUUAAAAAACGGUACAACAUGCUGUCUCGUACACGUCAAGGUUACACAUUUUACACCAAAAAUCUGUAGACACUUACAUUCAGCAAGUAUAAAGAGUAAUUAUCAACAAAGGCAUCACAAUGGGGGCUCAAAAUUGUUCCAAAACAGUAUACUUAUACCCAGUAUUGCAGGAGUGCGUUAUGCUAGCACCGAUAAAAUUGAUGUAACAACAUCUUUACUAGACAAAAUCCCAGAGCCCCCGCCGAUACCUACAGCUGAAUUUGUAGAAAAGGCUGUAACACUCACCGAGCCAACUUUUGCCAGUAUAGGUUUAGGCGGUUGGACUCCAGUGGGCUUAGUACAGAAUUGUAUGGAAUUUUUACAUAUAGGGCUGGACAUGCCGUGGUAUGCAGCAAUCGCUUUAGGUACUGUCGUUGUGAGGUCUUUAUUGUUUCCACUUGUUAUAUUAGCACAACGUAAUGCUGCCAAAAUGAACAACUACAUGCCUGAACUUCAAGCAUUGCAACUUAAAAUGACAGAAGCUAGGCAAACCGGCAAUGCUUUGGAUGCUGCAAGGUACAGCCAAGAAAUGAUGAUGUUUAUGCGUGAUAAACAAUUGAAUCCAUUAAAAAAUAUGUUAGUGCCCUUAGCACAAGCCCCGCUGUUCAUAUCCUUCUUCAUGGGCUUAAGAGGCAUGGCAAAUGCGCCUGUAGAAAGUUUAAAAGAUGGGGGUUUGUUUUGGUUUUCAAAUCUUACGGUGUCAGAUCCAUUUUAUUUGCUACCUAUUAUUACAAGUACCACAAUGUGGUUGACGAUAGAAGUCGGUGCGGAUAGUGCCAGGCUGAAUGCACAGAAUAUGCAGAUAAUGAAAUAUGUAUUGAGAGCUUUGCCUGUGUUUAUUCUGCCAUUCACAGUUAAUUUUCCAGGGGCUAUCCUGUGGUACUGGACUUGCAGUAAUUUCAUAUCACUAGCACAGGUAGCAUUUCUGAAGAUUCCAAAAGUCCGUGCAUAUUUCAAAAUAGAUGCCUUAGUACAUCAUCCUGCAACAUCUUUACCCAUGAAGGAUAAAGGUUUUGUGAAAGGAAUUAAAGAAUCCUGGACAAAUAUGAAAAUAACACGAGAGUUAGAAGAAAGGGCAAGGGCUGAUGAAAUGCGUUUUAGGAGAGCAGGACGGGCAGUUGUUCAAAAAACUUAUAAAUACGAUCCUACGAAACCGAGACCAGCACAAAAACCUUUAGCAAGUAGUACCACUUCGUAUAGCACUAAACAAUAAAUGUAUUGCACAUGAAAUUCAUGUGUGGUAUUCAUGUACAUACAAAAAAUAAUAAAGUUUAUACAUAA